AAAUCACCCAGGCACAGAAGAAGAAGAAGAAGAAGAAGAAGAAGAAGAAGAAGAAGAAGAAGAAGAAAUUGUGUUGGAAAAAUUCAUGACUGUCAUUAGUUCCUCCAGCCACACAGAUGAGUUGGUAGAAGGUAGCUGCUGCCAAAAUCACAAGUUUAAAAGUGGAUUUUCAAAACCAAAGGAUAGAUAUCUGCAAAUAUAUUUGCAGGAAGUAAAAAAAGCCAAAAAACACCCAAUUUUUUCAUGAAGGGCUGCUGAAGCGUUUAUUAGAAAGGAAUCUAUUAGCAAUAUGGAUCCCAUGUCUUGUUUUGUUUUGUUUUGUUUUGUUUGUCUUGUCUAUAUGCUGAAGGAAAGAAAACAUAUGGCUCCAGUUCUGCCAACAGUUAUACUUUAAUAUGAAAGAGAGAGAAAAUUGGGGCAUCUCAUCUUCGUGGACUACCCCACUGGAAUGUUCUUCAGUUUAAUUUCCUUCCUUGCCAGCAAUUCGUCCAACCUUCAAAGGAUGUUUUUGCCCCAGUCCCCACAAAUCUAAGCAUAGUACCGUAUUUUUUGCUCUAUAAGACUCACUUUUUCCCUCCUAAAAAGUAAGGGGAAAUGUGUGUGCGUCUUAUGGAGCGAAUGCAGGCUGCACAGCUAUCCCAGAAGCCAGAACAUCAAGAGGGAUCGCUGCUUUCACUGUGCAGCGAUCCCUCUUGCUGUUCUGGCUUCUGGGAUUCAGAAUAUUUUUUUCUUGUUUUCCUCCUCCAAAAACUAGGUGCGUCUUAUGGUCUGAUGUGUCUUAUAGAGCGAAAAAUACGGUAUUUCACUUCAUCAGUAAUUUGUACACUUUGAAAUAUUGGUGAUUUUUAACUGAUUGAUGACUGUUGUGUUUUAUACGAAUUUGAACACUCGUUAAGAACAAAAUUAGUUGUAGUAUUUGGAUUAACAGAAGCUAUCUUGAAUAUUGUUAUAUUAGAAGAUGGAGGGUAAACAAGAAAAUAUAUAGGAUGCACACUGAAAAUUUCUAAAAACACGGUAAGCAGACACUCGGUUUUGCAAGCAAGUCUAACGCUUUUAAAACAAGCUUUGCACGGAAAUAAUUAACUCUUGUCAAGAAUGUUAUCUGUCAGAUAGGUAGAAGGACAAAGGCUGAUUUGGAGAGUAGAGUUUGCUGUGGUGUGAAAGGAGAUCGUGAUGGAAGAACUUUCUUCAACUUUUGACAGUGAGAACUGUUCUAACUCUACAAUUCUAUGAUUCUAUGAAAAAGUUGCAGGCUGCAAAGGUAGAGUAAGAGCCAUGGAGGAUUUCUGCUUGAAUCCCAAACUGUGGCUAUGGGAGAAACGAGAUCUUUUUGGGGUGUUCAUGUUGUGAACCCCACCAUCAUAGGCUCAUAUUAUAUGUGUGUGUGUAAAUAAACCAUUGUUAUAAGAAUUCUAAGGUCUCAAUAAUAAAAUAAAUAUUCAUAAAUGUGCAAGGUAAGUAUAUAAACCAUGUGCCUGAAAUAGUACAGGAGAACCAUCCUGAAGCCAUUUCAACUCUCAGGUUGACCUCAAAUGUUUCUCUGCAGGGAGAGGGCAGAGGUUUUCCAAUUGUCUUUGGACGGUAGGGGCUUAUACCUCCCUUUUCAAAUGCAGUCUGGCAAGUGACUAUUGCGCUGAGCACACUAUCAAUAUGUGUAAGAGAUUCAGGAACUAAAUAUUUACCAUCUCAAAGGAAUGACCAGGCUACCCAGAAAAUGCAAUCAAGUAAGGCAUUAUCAAGUAAACGGGAAGGUAAACGGCGUUUCUGCAUGCUGCUCUGGUUCGCCAGAAGCGGCUUAGUCAUGCUGGCCACAUGACCCGAAAGCUGUAUGCCGGCUCCCUCGGCCAAUAAAGCGAGAUGAGCAUCGCAACCCCAGAGUCGGCCAUGACUGGACCUAAUGGUCAGGGGUCCCUUUACCCUUUACCUUUAAGGCAUUAUCAAGUAUCCUGGCAGACAGGAGAGAACCAACAUCCCCAAAUUUCUGCUGGAGACCGCCUCCUUCUGUGAUGUAUGUAUGAUAUUUUUUGGGGGGUCUUGGGCUACAGGGUGGGCAAUUUCAAAAGUCUAUACAAGGGCUUCUGCACCUUUGAUCAGGGUUCUCCUGCCUCCUGCGUGUGGUGAGUGGAUACCAUGUUGCAACAGUUUAUUUUCCUUUAAUAAAGACCAGGCUUACUAAUCGCUUUGCUUCUCAAUAUAUUCUGGUUUGGUCUCUGUUAUUUUCUCCUACCGACAGGGAACCCACUUAAGGACUCUGUACGGGCUCUGGAAUACCCCACAAGGGAAAAGGAUCAGGGUUUUCCCCCUUAUAAAACCAUAUAUCAUAAAGACACCACAGUCUCCACUGUGCCUCAUUUCCAAAAGGAAGCAUGAAUCCUGGGUGAGCACCAGGAGAUAGCUAUUAUGUAUGUUUUCCCCAAUGUAGAAAAAAGAAGUAAACUACUUGUGGUACUUGAUUUUGCAAAAAUAAUCUGGGUAGGGCCUGUUGCUUGAUUUUCUGAACCUACCCCACUAUCAAGCCUCGUUUUCUGAACGGCAGCGACUCCUUGGUUUUUCCAGAUAGUCAAUUUUAGGUCCACCUCCCCUUCUGCAGAAUAACUUCUCCUUCACCACAUCUCACUCCUCUUUCUCUCACCUGCAGGCAGUUCACAGAUUGCCAUCACAGCUGACCUUUUCCACUCAAGUUUUUCUUGUUGGACACAAAUAGUAUCACUUGCGGCUGUUAUAGGCAGUGCGAGGACUUUGAGAGACAAGUUUCCAUGACUACCCUUAUGUUCAGUGGUGCCAAGUAAAUGUUGUUAGUCUGCAGCUACUUAUAAAUCCCGAGUUUUUCCACAUACCUUGUGGUGAUGUGUUUCCAGAACUCCAAAGAGUCCAUUGUUAGACUGAUGUCAUUCAUUAAUUAGGCGGGUGUCCUGUUGCGCCAGAACACCGCAUGCUGGUCACAUGACCUGGAAAGCUGUCUGUGGACAAACGCCGGCCCCCUCGGCAUGAAAGCGAGAUGAGCGCCACAACCCCAUAGUCGCCUUUGACUGGACUUAACUGCCAAGGGGUCCUUUACCCUUUUUUAUUUCAUACCACACAAAAGUUCCCUGGGCAGCGUUUCCCAAUUUCUGCUGUUUCUGUGCUGCAUGUGAAACAAGCCGAAAUCUGGCUUGUUUUGUUGUCUGAACCCAGACAGAGGGCAGGGAUGGAAAGGAAGGGGGAGCAGAGCAAGACACAAGGAGUCUGCAUUUUUUAAAAAAUGCUUUGUGCACCCUCUUGCCCCUUUCUAAAAUUUAUUUAUUGGCCUGUGCUUUUCUUUUUGUAAAUCUACCAAAGAAUAGAACAGAACAGAACGGAAUGGAAUGGAAUGGAAUAGAAUAGAAUAGAAUAGAAUAGAAUAGACUAGAAUAGAAUAGAACAGAAUAGAAUAGGGAGUAAGGGGUUUUCUCAGAACGGUGGAGAGCAUGUGUGCUGUGUUUCAUUGGUGAAGUGGUAGUGGCAUUUACCCUUCUUCUGAUAGGAAAUGUGCUGGGGUGGGGGGUGGGGCAACCAAUAAUGGGAGGGUCUAUGGGGGGGUGGAGUGAGAAAUGUCCCUAUUUUCAUCUGAGGAAUGUUGGAGGGUAUGCUGCUUUAAUAGGAAACUGUUUGGAGGUCCCGAGCCUCAAGGAGGCUUGAUUGGUUUCAACUAGGGCCAGGGCCUUUUCAGUACUGGCCCCGACUUGGUAGAACCCUCUGUCACAAGAGACCAGGGCCCUGCGGGACUUGACAUCUUUCCGCAGGGCCUGCAAGACAGAGUUGUUCCGCCUGGCCUUUGGUUUUGGACUCAGUCUGACCCUUAUGUUUCCCUCCCCUUAUGGUCUUGAUUUAUCGGCUAUUUUAAGGCUGCAUUUUAAAUUGCAUUUAAACCUGUAUUUUAAAUUGGUCCCCCCCCCAUUAUGUUUUUACUGUGAUUUUAUUGGUGUUAGCCGCCCUGAGCCCAGCUCUGGCUGGGGAGGGCAGGGUAUAAAUAAAUUAUUAUUAUUAUUAUUAUUAUUAUUAUUAUUAUUAUUAUUAUUAUAUUUAGAAACAUUUUUUUUUCCUGGAAGCAAGUAACAUGGACAUAAGUGCUAAACUUGUGCUAUACUCCUGGACGUGACUUUUACAUCAUGCGAAAGUUCAGAUACAACGCAGAAACAUCAGGGAAACGGAAUAAACUUCUGUGCGAAUGCAGCCUUUGUUUUGGCAGCGAUCUCGUCCACCCAUCCUGUUAAACCAUGUCUUAAACGAACUUUAGUUAAUAAACUGUGGCUCAGUGUUACAUUUCAAUCCAGGACAGUUACCUAACUGUGGUUUGAUCACAAAAAGAAGCCAGUAUCAUGUGGUGGGAUCUGAUCUUUUAAGAUGAUUGUCAGUUUUUCACACAAUUUAACCAGUUGCUGAUGUAAAUUAUUUAAUAGGUAAUAAAUAAAUAAAUAAAUAAAUAAAUAAAUAAAUAAAUAAAUAAGGGAGCUUUCACCAGUAAAGCACACCCUUUCUUGAAAAACCACAGUGUGCAUUUUAAGGAGCCAAAACUGCUUAGAAAGAUCCUGAGUCUGAGAAAGGCGAAGGUUAUAUUAUCCUUGCAGCAAGGAGAGUGCUGAACUAAAGAUGACUAAUUUCGCUAGAUUUGUCCCAUCAAGUUCUCAGGAAGCCAUGAUUGUCACCGUUUAGGAUUAUUGUUAUUCCUCUCCUGAUUUAAAAACUGAUCUGCCCUCAAUCUCAUAGAAGACUUGACCUUUUCCCUCCAUCUCUUUUCAAAGACAGGCCAAAUGACUUUGGGUUUUCUUUCGUUCGUUGUGUCUUACAGCAGUACACGCCAAGCACGCCGAAAUAAUUCACUUGGCCAUCACUGUUGUAGAUAAUAUUCAUACCAAUAAUGAGUCUUGACAAUCCAGAGGGAGGCUCUCAUGCGAGAUGAAAUAGCUAAAGUGGUUCCGUGAAAUAUUGCUUCCAAAGGAGAGCCUGAAUGUCAAUAUAUAGAUACACACGUCCAUAUAGGCAUUGUGCUGUGCCAGACGAAGCUCAAAAACAUUUUGUUUGUGCUGACUAAAUCUCUCUCUCUCGACAAAUGGGAUCUGCAACAAAGUGUUGCAGCGUGGAAUGCUCACUGUUCAAAGAUUCCAACCACACCAUUCCAUCCCAAUGCCUUCCUACUGUAUUGGCCCGAAUAUAAGGUGCACUUAUAUUUUUCCAAAUUCCGACUGUGAAAAGUUAAAAUGCGGCUUCUAUUCGGAGCUGAGCACUGGCACCGGCACCGGCUUGGGGAAUGGGGCGCCAAAUGCUGUCACCGAACACCCCCCGUCCCCCAUGGUAGUGCCGGGAGGCGGGCCGCAUCCUCAAAUAAGCCUUGAAUUUUAAAGGUGUGGCUUAUUUGUGGGUGCGGCUUAUAGUCGAGCCAAUAUGGUACUUUUCUGUGCCCCCCAAACUAUCAGUCUGCAUUUUAUGGCCACUGCAUAGGCUCUCAGUGCUCAUGAGGUUGUUUUUUUGGGGGAACCCCCUCCCCCCCACACACAUCAUGGGCUGUUCCAAAAUACUUCUUCGUACUUGUGUACUCCUAUGGGUGCUGUUGCUUUUGGUUCCAUAAACACACACAUAGGAGGGACAUUAGAAAUAUAGGGGAUAAGAACUUCUAUCCAACUUGUAUCCAAUGCUAGCUCUAAUCAGAACAGAGUUAAUUGACAUCCCAGUGGUACCUCGGGUUACAGAUGCUUCAGGUUACAGACGCUUCAGGUUACAGACUCUGUGAACCCAGGAAUAGUACCUCGGGUUAAGAACUUUGCUUCAGGAUGAGAACAGAAAUCGCGUGGCGGCAGCAGCGGGAGGCCCCAUUAGCUAAAGUGGUGCUUCAGGUUAAGAACAGUUUCAGGUUAAGAAUGGACCUCCAGAACGAAUUAAGUUCUUAACCCGAGGUACCACUGUACAGUCAUACCUUGGAAGUUGAAUGGAAUCCGUUCCGGAAGUCGGUUCGACUUCCAAAACAUUCAGAAACCAAAGCAUGGCUUCCGAUUGGCUGCUGAAGCCCCGUUGGACGUUCGGGUUCCAAAGAACGUUCGCAAACUGAAACACUCAUUUCCAGGUUAGCGGUGUUUGGGAGCCAAGGUUCAGGAUCCAAGGUACGACAUUAUUAUUAUUAUUAUUAUUAUUAUUACUUCUCCUGGGACCAUAUUGAUUGCUUGCUUUGUGGCUACAGGCUGAAAGCUUGUACAAAAACCUCAGGUUUUCGAUUGCUUUUCAGCAACCAGAUUAAAACUGAUAUGAUAGUAGUAAAUCCGUAAGGUGCCGAACGAGGUAUCAUCUUUGUUAUGUAUGUACUGAAGUUCUCACGCUGGGCCAGCAGGGGGAUACUGUAGAUAGUUUUCACUCAGGUCCGCAUAUGCAAAUAAGGAAUUGAAAGUGACGUUCAGUGAUUGGAUAGUUACAGAAAGUUUUUACUGUUGCUUUGUAGUUGAGCUCUAUAUAAGCAGGUUGGCUGAACCCUUCAGUUCAGUUCUGUUCUGGCCUGUGAAUAAACAAGAGCCGUCUGAAGAAUCGCUGUGUCGUCUGAUAUGUUCACCCACAACUUAACAAUCUUUGUUGGGUUUUUGUGUUGAAUAUUGUCACGAGCCUCAAGACCUUGGGCUGGGUUCAUAAAAGCAGGGAGUUCUGUUACUGUUCAAAUAAUACGAAGGUUGUCUGAGGCACCGAAGGGUGGGUUUACAUUUGAAUUAAACGCCUCAGAGUGGUUUCAGAAAAGAGAAAGCCAGGUUGGUCAUUAACAUUGAACUGUAAUUUGUUUUCCCUCCCCCCCCCUUAGUGUUAUUUUUAAUGAGUUCAAGACUGAGCUGACUCACCUUGCAGAUGCCGCUGCGGCUGAGGAUGACUCCACAUUCUCAAAAGACUUGAAAGCAUGCAGAAGAGAAACCAACCCAACUCUCAGCUUUCUGCAUGUACCAACAGAAUUGGGAGAAAACACACAGAUAUAUCCCUAUUCGUCCUUAGGCUGAUGUGGUCUUUUCAGUUGUACUCUGAUCUGCUAGUGUGUUCUUAGUAUCUAUCCCAGAACGAUUGGGUCUGUGAAUUUGGCUCAACAAUAUUGGGGUUUUUUUGGCUUUAAACGUCUGUCUCUCUCUCUCUCUCUCUCUCUUUUUGGAUAACAUUUUAUUGAUUUUCCAAAUAUAACAAAACCGGGGGGGGGGGGGACAGAAAGGGGAAAAAAUUGUAACCAAAUUAAACCAUAAUUUUUUGGUCGACUUUCCUCUACUCCCUCUCUUGGUUCCAUUAUAAUAUACUUGUUCAUGCACGUCCAUAAAACCUUAUAAACUUAACAAUCUUCGUCGCGAGAUGGCACCUAUAAGUCACCGGAAAGCUUCCUUCCAGCUCAGUUGAAAUCAGUGUGCUUUGUGGCAUACCUGACACUGCAAGCCAAUGCCUGUCUGCUCAGAAGCAGGUCUCACUCAGUUCUGUGGGGCUUACUCCCGGGUGAGUGGAUACAGAAUUGCUGCCUCCAAACACAUCUCACUGGGAUGAAGCUGUACAGUGUCCGAGGUGUCCAAACCACGGAACAAUUCCCAUGGAAAAAUACUCAAAGGGAAAGCCGCGAAUCUGAAAAUGCUGAUCUAUUAAUAGCGCCUGAGCUGCUGCAUACGCCUUCCUUCCUGAUGGAAUCCAUUAUUGCGGCUUAUUGAUCAAAGUGCAUGCUUUUGAGAGCACAGAUGUGAGUAACUGAUUAUCUCCUUUUCAACACUAUUCCUUCAAGAAGGAAGAAUAUAUAAGAGCUGAGUUCACCCCUGAUGUAACUCCAGCUGACACCAGGGAGCUUCUGCCUGGAAAUUAGAUUCAUCCAGUAGGCCUAGAUUGGAUGCAGAUUGUUAUGUGUGAAUAUGUGAUGCAAAGUAUACUAAAUUGGGGUCAUUAAAACUACAGCGACAAAACAGGCUACUAAUGGGCGACUCUAUUAUGAUGCCAUUAAGGUCCUUGCCAGGAUUACUGUGGCUUCAAUAGCAGUUCUGUACGGUAUUCUCAUUUGCUGGAUUUAAAAACACGGCACACCAUGCUUUUCUUGAAUUGACGGAAGAGAGGAUAGCAUGGUCAGAGUUUGUCUCUCUCUCCUGCGGGUGCUUUUCUUCAUCCAGACUUGGGCAAAGGGAGCUCACUCACUUACUGAUCGCUUACAAAGAGCACCCCAGGGGCCACGAGAACGGCAGAUACAAAAUACUUAGGGAAGAAAUGAAGAACAAACACCACACACGGGCAUUAUAGGUUAACACAGUCAUUUAUUUCACCUGCACCUUUGGGUUAGAAAAUCUGUCAACUACAAUGCGACUACAAAAGGCUUUAGGCAAUAUCUGAUAAACCUCAACGGCAAAUUUCACAGGGUGAAAUGAGCAGGAGUGCUACAGGAGAGCAGGAGAGGGAGGAGCCUGGCGUGAUUAAAUAAUACAGUCAUAUCAGGGAAGUCGAACAGAAUCCAUUCCGGAAGUCCAUUCGACUUCCAAAACGUUCAGAAACCAAAGCGUGGGUUCUGAUUGGCUGCAGUAAGCUCCUGCAGCAAAUCAGAAGCCGUGGAAGCCCCGUCGGACGUUCAGCUUCCAAAAGAACAUUUGAAAACCGGAACAGUCACUUCCAGGUUUCGAUCGCUCGGGAGCCAAAAUGUUCGAGAACUAGGCUGUUCGAAAACCAAGGUAUGACUGUAUAGUGAAAAUGCAGGUCCAAAGGUCCCCCCUUCGGCAUCUGAGCCUUUAAUAGAUACUUCAUAGAUAUGAUUUUUUUAAAGAAGAUUCCCAUCCUUCCCAAAAACAAUUUUAAAAAAACCAAAGGUCAGUUCUGUGGAAAUUAACUUCAGAUUUAAUUUGUAUGGGUUCACUGGAUGCAUUCCACCUUUUGUGUUUAUAUUUUAAAUUACGUUCCUUAAAAAAAAAUAAAUUACAAUUCUUCCUUUUUGAAAAUAAAAUGCCAAAUUUACGCCAGAAAAAUUGCCCUCAGUUUUGUAGUAACUCACCUGAAUGUGUCUCUGAAUCAGUAUCUGAGCUACAGCUUCAAAGUGCUGAAUAUGAACCUUUUUCUUUAGAAAAACCUAGGCCUGCCUUUUACAUUUUGUGCCGCCCUUCUCUCCUCCUUCCUAGCUGUGGAAAGUUUACGUCUCCAGUACAAGAGCGAGCUGCGCCUUGUGCCCUGCGCCAAGGCAACCUUCCUUGCUCGACUGUUCGACAGCUGA